ACAAAGCGUCCACGGGACAGUCGAACCGGAGGAAGUCUCGUUUUUCACUGGUUUGCAUAACUUUCUGAUUCAUGAAGUUCCAGUGUGGCACCGGGUGACCCGUAACGCCAGAAUGUGGUAUUAUUGUGGUGUCCUCGGCCGUGUCAGGCACUCACCGUUCAUUGGGUUAUAUUUGUUGGGAUUUUUGAUAGCACCUGUGUCCUUACACCCACAAUGCUUGGAUUUCAAGCCCCCCUUCAAGCCUCAAGAGGACCUCCAGUUCUGCGCAAUGUACAGGAACUUCGGCUGCUGCGACUCCGCGAAGGACCAAGAAUUGAUGGCAAAAUUCUAUAAGAUCAUGGACAAUUUCGACUAUUAUGGAUAUGCCAACUGUGCUGGGUACGUGCAGGACCUUCUCUGCCAGGUAAGCAAAACGCGGGUAAAGGUCGAUACUUGGUUUUGUUUUCAGAAUUACAUCAUCCAGCUGUUCUUGGCGAGCCCCGGCAUGUUUGUAGAGACAUAUAAUUGUUAUACACUCGCACAUUCAUCCAAAUGAGAUAGAAUAGUCGAUCUGACGUGCAUUAUUACUGUGCGUAAUUGCGUAAUAAAAUGCGUAAUAGCGUAAUAACAGAUUAACAAUAUAGCAUGUACUGCUGUUUGUCAAUCACUGCAUGAUAAGAUGCAUGUUGUCAUAACAAGCGUAUCUCCUCAAAUCGAAAGUGUACGUGCUUCACAGAACAAGGCAAAUGUCUAACAGGACAUGGGGGCUGCACAAAUGAAAGAGUUGGGUUGGUCCCUCACUCCUCACAUUUCUCUCCUCCUUUUCCACUCCCCUUCUUUCUCCCCUCCUUCAGGAAUGCUCUCCAUAUGCAGCUCACCUCUUUGAUGCAGAGGACCCCAGUACCCCCAUCAGAACCCUCCCUGGCCUCUGCCCUGACUACUGCUCUCAGUUCUGGCUCAAAUGCCGAUCCACCAUCACCUUGCUCUCUGACGACCCGCAGCUAGCCGAAGCCGAGUCGGACCAGUUCCGCUUCUGCCAGCACCUGGAGCUGGAGGACCCAGACUACUGCUACCCACACCUCCUCAGCAAUGAGCAGCUGACGCAGAACCUGGGCCACGUCCGGGCCGACCCCGAGGGCUGCCUGCAGCUCUGCCUGGAGGAAGUAGCCAACGGGCUGCGGAACCCCCUGGCCAUGGUCCAUGCCAACGACGGCACGCACCGCUUCUUUAUAGCCGAACAGGUGUGUGUGUGCUCACUUUCCAGAGUUGUUGUAUUGCAUUGUGGUAUUAUAGUUGUUGUAUUGCAUUGUGGUAUUAUAGUUGUUGUAUUGCAUUGUGGUAUUAUAGUUGUUGUAUUGCAUUGUGGUAUUAUAGUGCCGGUUUCCCAGACACAGAUUAAGUCUAGUCCUGGACUAAAAAGUCAUUUCAAUAAGUCUAGUCCUGGACUAGUCAUAAUCUAUGUUUGGUAAAACUGCCCGUAGUCUAUUGAUUUUGUGUAUUUUGUUGUAUGUGUAUGCUGACCUCACAAAAUGUAUUUCCAUGUAAAUGGACAAUAAAGUUAUUAUCAUAUCGUAGGUGGGCCUGGUGUGGACGUACCUGCCUGACCGCUCCAAGCUGGAGAAGCCCUUCCUGAACAUUACCAAGGCUGUUCUGACGUCGCCCUGGGAGGGGGACGAGAGGGGCUUCCUGGGCCUGACCUUUCACCCCGACUAUAAGUACAAUGGGAAGCUGUACGUGUACUACUCUGUGGAGAUCGGCUUCGAUGAGAGGAUCAGGGUCAGCGAGUUCCGCGUCUCCCCUGGCGACAUGAACGUGGUGGACCACGCAUCUGAGAGGUACAGUUAUCGAUGAGUCCCAAAUGGCACCCUAUUCCCUAUAUAUAGAGCACUACUUUCGACCAAAGGCCAGCUCUGGUCAAAAGUAGUACACUAUAUAGGGGAAAAGGUACCAUUUGGGGUGCAACCUGUGUUGUGCUCUGGCCCCAAAAUGGCAAGCUGUGUUGUCCAUCACCAAGGUGGUUGGGCUUUGCUGUUGUUAUGAAGACUCAAGGGGUGCGGAAUGGAUUUACAGUACAAUAGGUUUUGCAUACAGCUGGACAUACAAAUAGAUAUAUCUACACCAAUGUGUAGUAGUAGGCCUAAAAUAAUUGCUGUUGUGCAUAACACAUGGUAGAUAUUACACAUUAGUGGUGAAUAAGAUGAGAUCCCCCCACCAACAAAGUGCUUGGAUAAGCAGUAUUUAUUCCAUCAUUAUUGUACCUCAGAGAGAUGGGUGCUCCCGCACUGACUUCUCUGUCUCGUAUCUGUCUCUGUCUCAAACGCCUUCUCAGGAUCAUUCUGGAGGUUGAUGAGCCUGCUUCCAAUCACAACGGAGGAAUGGUGAUGUUUGCUGAUGAUGGAUACCUGUACAUUUUCACUGGAGACGGGGGCAUGGCUGGAGACCCCUUUGGGAAAUUUGGAAACGCUCAGAACAAGUAAGAGAAGAGAGGAAAACAUGUGGAACUCACAUUCAUGAUGUCAUUUUAUGGCAUUGACUCAUAUCACUUUUUAACAGUUAGUUACAGCUGUUACUAUUAACACGGUUGCUAAUAAUAAGUUACUAGUGUUUACUAAAAAAAACAUUGAUAAACCGCAAAUACAAUAAUCAUACUCACAGAAAGAUGUUCCAAAAAGUUUAUACUCCUCUCUUCUGCAGGUCAGCCCUGUUAGGCAAAGUGCUCCGUAUUGAUGUUGAUGACAAUGAUAAGGGUCCCCUGUAUAGGAUCCCUUCUGACAACCCGUUCGUGCAUGAGCGCGGGGCGCGCCCUGAGGUCUACGCUUACGGGGUGCGCAACAUGUGGAGGUGCCCCUUUUUUCAACAUUUCCAUUAUAUGCUUUACUUCAUGAAACGCUACACCUCCUUACACUUUAUAUACCAUGACAAAAAAGUGUGGUAAGACUUUACAUUACUGCACCGAAUAAAGGAGUAAUGACUUGGUAAUAAAGUGUAAUCUAGUUGUAAUUACUUAAGUUGUUUUGUUGGUUGACUUGAUCUUGUUUCUCCCAUGGAGGUGUUCUGUGGACCGCGGGGACCCUCUGACGAAGGAGGGGAAGGGCCGUAUCUUCUGCGGGGACGUGGGCCAGAACAAGUUUGAGGAGAUCGACAUCAUAGAGAAGGGAAGGAACUACGGCUGGAGGGCCAAAGAGGGCUUCUCCUGUUAUGACAAGAAGCUGUGCGCCAACAGCUCUCUAGGUGGGAAUCCUGUAGCCUGAUCCAAGAUCAGUUUGUGCGGCAUAGCCAACUCCAAUGCCCAUUGUCAUGCCGGCAUCCUGUGGGUCACUGGGAGAUGAAGGCCUCAGUGUGUUUUGUUCUGUGACUUUCUUCAGUUGAAAAUGUUUUCUGUUUUUUAUUUUGUACACUGUACUUUAUUUAUCCUUAGACAGAAAUGGAACCAGAGUGGGAAGAGAUUGGAAGGGUGGAUGUAGGGAUUGAACUCCGUUCUCCAGGGUCAUAAUGUGCUUAGAAGGGAAGUGCUCAGGAGGGAAUAAGCAGGGAAUCUGUGAAUUUAACCAGGAGUUCUGGAAAACCAUAGGCUCUGUACAAUUUACUUCAUUUGAAAAAUAAGUCUCAUAUCUCUUCCUCCUGUUCUCUUCCAGAUGAUGUACUCCCCAUUUAUGCCUACCCUCACAAGAUGGGCAAGUCUGUGACUGGCGGAUAUGUGUACAGAGGGUGUGAAUACCCCAAUCUGAAUGGCAUGUACAUAUUUGGAGACUUCAUGAGCGGGUAAGGCUCCUUACUGUACGUGUUCAUCAUUUUAAGUCCAAUCCGAAUCCUAAAAGUGUUUAUGGAUGUUUGAGUCCCUAUAGCAGGUGUAUUUUCUUAUGUUUUGAAAGUUGUGUUUUAUGUUUUUGUAUAUAUAGCCUAUAAGGAAAGCAUACUGAAAAUGAAAGAAAUUCUAAAUAAAAUGAAAUGUAGUGUCUCCUCCCUAUAGGCGUAUGAUGAGCCUCCAGGAGAAUACGAACACGGGUCAGUGGGACUACCAUGAGGUCUGUAUGGGCAUCGGUUUAACCUGUGCCUUUCCUGGCCUCAUCAACAACUACUACCAGUACAUUAUCUCCUUCGCUGAGGACGAGGCAGGUAUGAGGAGUCAUAUUAAACCUCUUUUUGUUUGCACAUGGUCACACAGGCAAUGGAAACGUUUUUUUAAGCGUCAGAUCUCUAGGAUGCACACAUUUAAGGCCAGUUUCCCAAACCAAGAUUAAGCUUAGUCCUGGACUAAAAAGCAUGCUCAAUGGAGAAUCGCCAAUGAAACUCUGAGUCCAGGAAACCAGCUAGAGUGUCAAAUGAUGUGAAAUGUUCAUUUUUCUGUCUGAACAGGAGAACUGUACUUCAUGUCGACUGGGGUGCCCAGUGCCACAUCUCCCACCGGUGUUGUUUACAAACUGGUGGAUCCCUCAAGGUAAGGAUUUAAAGCCACAAUCUGCUAUUUCAACAGCCUAACCCUGUCACUGUGUUUGGUAAGGUGAGGGUUUAACAAAGUGUCGUGGCCUACUGCUCUUCUCUUGAAGAUGGCAGAAGCCUAGCAUCAACGUCAUAGACACACUUUUAAAAAGAGACAAAGACAAAACAAGUCAGUAAAACGUGUUAAGCAUCUGUUCAUGAUUACUGAUCUAUUUUAAGUCAGAAGAAUGUUCCGCAUCAUAAUCGUUCUGCCUGUAGUUCUCAAUCUGAUUUACAUGGUAAAUUAUUUUUCUCUGUGUGUUCUUUGUUCUUAUAGCUUAACUGCUGAUUUCUGUUUUGGUGAUCGUUGAGGUUUUCUUACCCUCUGUCGGGGUCGGCUCACUCUCCCUUUCUCCAUAUUUCUGGGUGAAAGAAAAGAAAGAAGGAACAGAAAAGAAAGGGUGUUGGCAGUGGUGUGAAAGCCCUUUCAUUUCAAUCUCUCUCUCACUGACUUAGGUCCAAACAGUUUUGGCCGCAAGAUCGCUUUCCCUUUCUUGCAUACCCUCUCUUUUGGCCGCAGCACUAUACUGUUGUGUCAAGUUAUUUGUUUCUCACUCGCUCAUGAAGCUGAUUUUAAUUACUCUCUACCACAGCAAUGUUUGGAAAAAGCCUCAUUCUGGGAGGGAGACCACCUGAAAGCUAAUCAAAUACAUCUAAAGAGCCAAAGUCUCAACAGAGGCUGAUGAAACUGGGAUGAAACUUUGACUUCUCACCCUCUUAUUUAGUUUUCUUCCCUGCUGAGCUGAAGACUUUUGGUAUUUUGUCUGUUUUAGACGGGCACCGCCAAGACAAUGUCACUAUGACCCGCUGCCUGUCAGAGUGAAGAGCAAGCUCAUCAAGUUCAGGCCAAAAGAAAGUGAGUUUACUGGCUCUCAACAUUAUCUCAGUCUGUCUGCUUUUAUUUUGUUCAUUAUAUUUAGCCCCCUUUGCUCAAUCAAACACGUACAGUAUGUCAGUAGAUCUCACUGCUAGAUCUAGAUUGUCACUAGAUCUCCCAGAUUAUGAAGUCAUUUGAGAGACAUUUUAGGCACAAGGCCUCUGAGAUUGCCAGAUUCAUAUUGCACUUUUAUUACACUGUGGAUAGGCCUACAUGCUAAUUAUAACCUCAUCUCCCAGAUAUAUAUAUAUUAGGCCAGUCUAUGUAGGUAUCCUAAAUCUGACCUCUUCUUCUAUUCCACAGCAUUAACAGGAGUUGAACUACCGACAAAGCGUCAAAAGCUCUCCCCGCCAGAAGAACCCAUCAGACCCCAUCCCACUGAGUCCACAGUAAGCGAGUCCGACAAGGACUGGCUUCAGGAGCUCAUGGACAUUCUAAAGGAGCAAGAGGCUGCCGCCAUCACCACCACACUGCCUCAAACCACAACCACUACCACAACCAAACCGCCCAGGCACACACAACGGAAAAACCGCCGGAAGAAGGGCAAGCACCGGUCGGAGAGCGGGUUGGCGCCGGCAGCCGCGCCUCAGAACGGGGCAGUGAGACUGGCGGGGGACGAGCAGGGGCGGGACGACCGAGGGAGGGUGGAGAUCUUUGCCAACAGUGAAUGGGGGACGGUGUGUGACGACCUGUGGAAUACGAAGAACGCGGCAGUGGUUUGUCGGCAGCUGGGGUUCCGAUUCGCCCUGAAGGCAUCCAAGCACUCUGAGUUUGGAGAAGGGAAGAGUCUCCGGAUUCUUCUGGACGAUGUGCAGUGUGAGGGCACAGAGGAGAGCCUGCUGGACUGUCAACACACAGGCAUAGGAAUGCAUAACUGUGCCCAUUAUGAGGACGCGGGGGUGAUAUGCGGGAACUCGGACUACGUUGAUGCCUAGAAAUGAGAGUCGAUUGAAUUUAUUCCUGACUGUGGCCUAAGUGAUUGUAACUAAAACCAAGGAAUAUUGCUGUCUAACUUUUGUCUAAUUGUUGUCGAUGUUGGCACUUAUAGGUCUACCUCUUUUCAUGAAGGUAAUGUAAUGCUGAUUUAAUUGCUGUGUUAAAGUCUUAAAGGUUUUCUAUUUAAAUGUAAGACUUUGCUCAUGUAAGACGUUGCUUUCUCUAAAGGAAAUUCAUCUAAAACAGUAAUUGAAUGAAUGUACUGUAUAAGGAUAAGGAAUACCAGGUUAUUUAACUCUCUCAUGAUCACAUACUGAAAUAAAUGCUCCAUCCAGACUCACAAGAUAUGUGCUCAUUUGACAUGGAAAAAACAUACUGAGAGAGAGAGAGAGAGA